AUGUUACUGCUCUACCCGAUCAAAAUUAAUGACUGUUCUUCACCAUAUACAACAGGCUAUGGUGGGACCUUCUGUGAGAAAGUAUUCUCCCUCUACAUUGCGUCGGCAGACGUGCAUGUUGCAGUACCGUUUCCCAGUCGCGGAUGUUUCUAUCCGCGGGGAAACAUUAGUCUUACUUUCUCCACUGACCAACAGGAGGGGAUUUUGUUCUUCUUCUCCGAGGCGAUAGAUGAACCCCUCUCGUCCCACCGAUUUCUGAUGGCACAACUACAUCAGGGUCAUGUGAAGAUUAGUUUCGCCAUCGACACUGGAGGAGUGGCGACUGCUUACUCUGUAUCAAUGGUGCGUCGUAUUUUAGAACGGCUGGAAGGUUAG